GAUAAAGUCUAGUCAUUUUUCCUAUUCCGCAUUCUCUUGUUCAUGGCGAUCCACUAUUCACCAACAAGAUAAUCGGCCAAACAGGUUUUUCCUCUAUCGUUUGGCUGGUCAAUCGUGUUUCUGCAGAAUCUAAAAAUGUCUAAGGAAGGAGAAGUAGAAGUUGUAGGGCAGAGAAGAAAAAGUGCCAGAAUAUUGGCUUUAGAGGAAGAGAAGAGGAAGGAAAACCUGAAACGUAGCUUAAGUGUAGCCAUCAGUAACAAUCUCAGCAAAGCAGGCUAUACUGGGAAUGGUUCCCCUAAGAAUGAGCAACAUCAUGAUCUUGCACCCUCAAGCAGAGCAAUGCCUGCCCCUCCUCCACUCAGGCGUGGCCGCAAGCAGAAACGACUUGAAGACCUUGUCUUGCCUUCCUUUGCCAAAAGUCUGCUUCAACAGGGUGAAGAAAACAUACAUGGAGAUUCUUUAACCAGACAUGAUCAACAAGCAAAUGGAUUGCCAUCCGUGCAAUGGAUACCAGAAAAACGCAUACUUGAGCUUAUCCUUGAUAUACUGCAAAGGAGGGAUACACAUAAAAUAUUUGCUCAGCCUGUUGACCCCAAUGAGGUGGACAACUACUACACCAUUAUCAAAGAACCGAUGGAUUUUAGUACCAUGAGGACUAAACUUCAGGAAGGGCAUUACACAAGCUUGGAAAAAUUUGAGCAUGAUGUGCUUCUGAUCACCAGCAAUGCAAUGCAUUUUAAUUCUUCAACUACAAUAUACUAUAAGGAGGCUCGUGGUGUACAAGAUGUAGCCCAAGUAAUAUUUCAAUGUCUGAGAACUGAUCCACAGAAACUCGAGUCACGAUUAAUCUGUGCAACAAGAUCAGGAGGCCCUGGAAAAAGACCCUUAAUAAGUGAAAUCAGAGGCCGACGUGCAAAAGUUCCUAGGCUUGGUGGCUUCAAAAUUGGUCCUUCAUCUCUUGGACUAAGAGAUUGCCGGAACUAUGGCACCUUUUCUGAAAGAGAAAGACCUUUGAUCCCAUUUUGCAGAGACUCUGAUUUAGGAGUCUCAUCUGUCUAUGAUGCUUACAAACCACUGAUUCAUAUUGGUAAAAAUAAGAAAUUUGGAUACAAAGAAAGGCUUUUAAUGUUUGUCAAAAACUUGGGACCAACAGCUCAGAAGGUUGCCGCCAGAAAGCUGAUGCAAUGUGUGCCAAAUUACCAAGCUCCAAUCUCAAAUCGACAACAGACCACUCAAAGGAUUCUGCUCCCAUCACCAACACCAUCUCUCCCACUGAGAAUUCCUUCUCAAAGUCCUAAUAUUGCCUCCGCAGUCUCUACCUUAGCUGUUAUCUCAAAUAAUGUUCCUUCUCGUGGAAAAAACAGCACUUUCAAUCUCAACCUUCAGGCUUCUCCUGUAGACCAAGAAAUUGUUGACAGCUCUUAUGGUGACAAUAAAGUCCAUGAGCCAGCUGAUAAUGGAAGAUUAAAGAUAGAUAGUCUACUUAUGCCUCCCCCGAAGGAAAAGAGUCCCAAUCAUCGAGAUGUGUUUGGAAAAAAAUCAUUUAUCUCCAAUAAUAAGAAUGCUGAAAAUGGAGGAAGAGCUUUUAAGGCUCAUUUGAAUGGCUCAGUGAUAGCUAAAACAAGUGACUUUAAUGGGAUAAUGGGAAACUUCCCAAAAACUUUUCUCCGGGAAAAGGUAGUUGGUCAACAAAACAAUAACGGUAAAACGUCAUUCAUAUUUGAUAAUAGCACAUCCAACAGAGGAGGACAGAUGGGAAAAGUGGUAGAAGAAAAAAGUGACUUGAAUGAUAAAAGGGAUGGUUUUCCCGAGAUUUAUUUCCAGGAAUAUGUAACUAGUCAGCUGGAGAAUAAUAUUCAAGAGCCAUUCAUGUUGGAUGAUGACGUUGCUUCCGACAAAGAAGUACAUACCAAGUAUCUGUUGAAAGACAAAAUGGUAGCUGAAACAACCAACUUCAAUGAGAAAGUGGAAACUUUGCCUGGGAGUUUUGUCGUGCAAGAUGUUUCUGGUCAACAAGAGAAUACUAGUAUAAUGUCAUUUUUAUUGGAUACUGAAAAUGCAGCCAAAAGAGGGAGCGAAAAUCAGCAUCCUUUGAAGGGAAAGAGGGUAGCUGAAACAAGUGACUUCAAUGAGAAAGCAGGAAAUUUUCCUAAAGAUUUUCAGAAGGGAAAUGUAGCUGGUCAACUGGAAACAAAAGGCACAAUGUCAUUCUUAAUUGAUAAUAACAUUACAGCCAGCAGAGGGAGAGAUAUCCAGCAUGUUAUGAAGGACAUAAUGGUAAGUGAAACAAGUGACCGUAAUGAGAGGAUAAGAAAUAUUUCUGGGAAUUUUCUGCAGGAAAAUGUAGCUGGUCAAAAAGAGAAUAGUAUUCAUAUGCCAUUCAUGUUGCUUAAUAGCAUUGCAUCCAGUGGAGGAAGAGAUUAUCAGUAUUCCUUUGAAGAAAAAACAGCAGGUGAUACAAGUGCCUUCAAUGAAAAAAAGGGAAAUUUUCCCUGGGAAAGUAUAGCUGAUCGACCAGAAGUAGUGGAAGCAAGUGCCUUCAGUGAAAAAGUGGGGAAUUUCUCCUUUGCAAGUGUAGCUGAUCGGCUGGAGGACAGUAUACUAAUGCCAUUCAUGCUGGAUAAUAACAUUUCAGCCAAUGGAAACAAAGAUGACAGUGAUUGGUUUAAAGAGAAAACAGUAGCAGAAGCAAGUGCCUUCAGUGAGAAAAUGGGAAAUUUUUCUUGGGAAAGUGUAGCUGAUCGACGAGAGAAUAAUAUACAAAAGCCAUUCAUGCCAUAUGAGAACAAUGUAGCCAACCAAAACAAAGAUGACAGAACUUGGUUGAAAGGAAAAGCAGUAGUGGAAGCAAGUGCCUUCAGUGAGAAAAAGAGAAAUUUUUCCUGGGAAAGUGUAGCUGAUCGACGAGAGAAUAUACAAAUGCUGUCCAUGCUGGAUAAUAACAAUGCAACCUAUAAAGAUGACAAUGAUAGGUUGAAAGGAAAAACGGUAAUGGAAACAAGGGCCUUCAGUGAGAAAGUGGCUAACUUUUCCUGGGAUAGUGUAGCUGAUCGACGAGAGAGUAGUAUACAAAUGCCUUCCAUGAUGGAUAAUAGCAUUGCUGCCAACAGAAACAGAGAUGACAGUGAUUGGUUGAAAGGAAAAGCAGUAGCAGAAGCAAGUAACUUGAGUGAGAAAGUGGGAAUUUUUACCUGGGAAAGUGUAGCUGAUCAACAAGAGAAUAGUAUUCGAAUGCCAUUCAUGUUGGAUAGUAACAUUGCAGCCAGUGGAAACAAAGAUGGCAUUAAUUGGUUGAAAGGAAAAACAGUAGUGGAAGCAAGUGCCUCCAGGGAGAAAGUGGACAUUUUUUCUGAGGAAGGUGUAGCUGAUCGACGAGAGAAUAGUUUACAAAUGUCAUUCAUGCCGGAUAAUAACAUUUCAGCCAACGGAAACAAAGAUGACAUUUUUUGGUUGAAAGGCAAAACAGUAGCGGAAACAAGUGCCUUCAGUGAGAAAGUGGGAAGUUUUUCCUGGGAAAGUGUAGCUGAUCGACGAGAGAAUAGUAUACGAAUUCCAUUUGUGCUGGAUAAUAACAUUGCAACCAACAGAAAUAAAGAUGGCGGUGAUUGGUUGAAAGGAAAAACAGUAGCAGAAGCAAGUGCCUGCAGUGAGAAAGUGGGAAAUUUUACCUGGGAAAGUGUAGCUGAUCGGCGAGAGAAUAGUAUACAAAUGCCAUUCAUACUGGAUGAUAAUAUUGCAGCGAACAGAAACAAAGAUAACAGUGAUUGGUUGAAAGGAAAAGCAGUAGCAGAAACAAGUGCCUUCAGUGAGAAAGUUGGAAAUUUUUCUUGGGAAAAUGUAGCUGAUCGACCAGAGAAAAGUAUUCAAGUAUUUUUCAAUGGAAAGAUUGAAAAAUUUCCCUGGAAAAAUGUAGUUGGCCAACGGGAAAAUACUAGUCAAAUCCCAUUUAUUAACGAUGCAGCCAAUGGAGAGAAUGAUGACAGUUCUUGUUUGAAAGGAAAAACUGUAGCAGAAACAAGUGCCUUCGCUGAGAACGUGGCAAAUUUUCUCUGCGAAAGUGGGACUGGUCAACAGGAGAAUACCAGUCAAGUGCCAUUCGUCUGUGAUAAAUAUACUGCAUCUAAUGGAGGUAAAGAUACGGAGCAUCGUUUGCUGGGAAAAAUGGUUGCAGAAAUAAGUGCCUUCAAUGAGAAAAGAGGAAUUUGUCCUGGGAAUUUUCUCAAGGAGAAUGUAGCUAGUCAACAGGAGAAUUCUAGUCAAAUACCAUUCACAUUGGAUAACAGCAUUGCAGUCAAUGGAGGAGGAAAUACCAAAUACCCUAUGAUGGGCAAAUCAGUAGCUAAGACGAGUGACUUAAAUGACAAAAUGGAAAAAAACUCUGGCAAUUUUCUCAGAGAAAAUGCAGCUGGUCAACAUGAGAAUACUAGUCAAAACAAAUGCCGGUUAGCUUCACAUUUUCGGGUUAUCCCAGUUUAUGAUGAUGGUGGUCCAUACACUCCUAAUUUUAGCACAAAAACUAAGUUCAGGACUGUAGAUAUGCUGGCAGAAGGUAACAAUAUUAUGAAUCAUAAUAACAAGCUGCAGAAAGGGAAACAAGUAGAAGUAGUUCAACAGACUUCAUUGGAUAGUGUUGAUCAAGUCUCCACUGAUGAAUGGAAGUCAAGGCUUAAUGAUUUUGUUGAUAGAAGCAAUUACCUGUCCCCAACUCUUAUGUUUAGUAAUUCUAAAGGAGUGAAGUUUCUGUACCCUUCACCUGCAUCUUCUGAUACUACUGAUCAGCUUAAUACAUUGGACCAAUUAGAUGGGCUUGAUAAUUUGCAAGACCCAAUGAUGGGCCAAAACUAUGGUGGGAAUUAUGCUCAGGCGUUGGAGGGAGGCACAGUCAGCAGUUUUCCAAUGAUGUUUGAUAAUGAUGAUAAUUCAUUGAACCAGUGGAACUACACUCCUAUGAGUUUGCAGGCUCCUGCUUUGUCUUCAUGUCAGUUGGGGAUACUAAAGCCAUUAUGCAAUGAAGGUAGCAAUAUCCUCCAUGAAAGAGUUGACGAUGACCCGGAUCCACAACUACUGUACUUGAACGACACUGAUCAGCCACCUGAUUUGGAUCUUCAGCUCUGAUGAGAUUAUCUAUUUAAACUACUUCUGCUCAUGCUAAGGGAACCUUUUUAUUUUACUGUUUUUUAUUUGUCAAUUUUUAAGGUUGAGACUUGAAGUUUUUCAUGAAAGAGUAUCAUCUUUUUUCGUUUAUUGGAACUUGAAGUUUUUGAUAUAACAUCUUUCGUUAAACUA